CACUCCUUCACCUUCCCUCUUCUCGUCAACUCCAACUCUUUCCGCUCCUUCACAUCUCUUUCCAUUUCGACGUGCUUAAUCCUCUGAGAGGGAGCCUGGUGCAGGCAACAUGAGCAGUGGUAGCUUCAUUUCAUCGACGGUUGGAGCGUCAUUGGUCGCCUCAAUAUUGCAAACCUACCUCUUUGGAGUUCUGACGUUUCAAUAUGCGACCUAUUAUUCCUCUGGCUUCAAGGACCCAAAAUGGAUCACCUAUCCGAUGGGUCUGAUAUUUCUAAUGACCGCUUUCCACUGCCUAUCACUACUAUACAUGACCUGGUAUUACUCGAUUGAGAACUAUGGAAACCCCGAAUCCCUUCUUCGUCCAAAGAUUUGGCCUUUCCCACUGUCUGCGAUCAUGACGACGUUAACGGCCUACGUGACCCAGCUGUUCCUGACUUAUCGAGCAUAUCGACUGACGCAAAACUUCUUCCUGGUGAUACCGCUAGUCCUUGUCUCUACCGCUGCGAUGGUCCUUGGGAUCAUUCAGGGUGCCAUGGUAUGGAUGCUAUCAUCAAUCGAAGAGCUGUCGACCCUCAAUGCUACACUCACAGCUUGGCUGACGCUGGAGGUGGCGGCUGAUUGGCUGAUUGCAGGAGUCUUGCUUUGGGCAAUUAGAGCAUCGAGGACGACGUAUAGGAGAUCUGGGAGGGUCGUCAAGAGACUAUUUCGGACGGCCGUGCAGACAGGGCUUAUCGCGAGUGCAUUUGCCAGCGUCACAAUGAUCUUGUAUUUGGCGUUCCCGAACACCGAGUACGUUCUCAUCACAGGCGUACCAAUAGGUUGCGUAUAUGCUGGUACCCUGAUGGAUACCCUCCUCUGUCGGAAGGUAUUGAGGAACAUGAUCAGCGACAUCCAGCUCCACUCGGAACCGGUGUUCUCGACGGAGAAAUCCACCAGGAAUACAACCAGUGGCCCCAACAUCCAGCUUCAAGUGCGGAAAGAACACGAGACCGUGCUGCACUUUGAUGCACCGACGCAGAACGAAAUCGAUCAUUCCGCCACACUGGCUGAAUCCGAGAUCGACCAUGACGACCGUGGAUCGUCGGUCAAGCUGGGCUCUCCCGUCUGAUUGUAAUUUUUCACGUAGACGAUCUUUGGAAGCAGAGGAAAAUACCAAUACAGAGAAGUAUCGGAGCGAUGGCGAUCAUCUGGACUCUGUAGUUUCUGUACAUUACUCACUGGAAUACGGGAAUGCAAGGAUUGGACAAGCA